GAAAUUUAUUAGAUGUAGUCCACUAUAGGUUCAUGUCAUUUCGUUUUUAUGUUGUUUUGUUCAAAUUCACCUGAUAAUAUUUGGGCUUAUCUGUUUGAACAUGUAGUCGAAUUUAAAUUCGUUUGAUACCUGGUUUUGUGUUUUUGACUCUUUUUUUUCCCCCAAACCCGAUAACCCGAACAAAAUAAACCAUAUGACCCUGAGCCCCAGCUAGCUAACCAGUGACCACUCUGUUUAAACACCGAAAAAAACUCAAGUUCAACAAAACCCUAAAAAUUAAUCAAUCUAUCAAAUGGAAACCAUUACAAAUCAAACCACCGGCACCACCGCCGCCGGCGACGAUGACGACACUCCGACGCUAAGCGCUCAAACUCUUGAAGCUCUAAAAGAAUUCCUUUCCGAACAAAACCUCUCAGUCACUACAGAAAAUGAUGAGAAAGAAGUUUCCUUAGUAACAGAAGACUGGCGACUCAGUCAGUUCUGGUACGACCGUGAAACUGCUGAAACGGUGGCGCGUGAAGUCCACGCGCUCUAUACUUCCUUGGAUCCUCCACCUUCUGUUGCUUGUAUCGCUUGCCCCACUCUCUACGCUUAUCUCAAGAAAAUGCAUAAUGACUUGCCUGUGCAACUAUUGGAAUAUGAUAAAAGGUUUGAGCAAUAUGGAAGUGAAUUCACUUACUAUGACUAUAAUGAACCGACAUCGCUGCCAUUGUCGAUGAAGCAUGCUUUUCGUAUCAUCAUUGCUGAUCCGCCUUACCUCAGCCAGGAGUGCUUAGAAAAAGUUUCUGAAACUGUUGGUUUUCUUAAGCAACCUGGAGAAUCAUACUUGCUUUUACUAACAGGUGCAGUGCAGCAUGAUAGAGCAGCCCAACUCCUAGGAUUGCGCCCAUGUGGAUUUCGCCCACAGCACUCCAGCAAGCUUGGAAACGAAUUCCGACUCUUCACAAACUAUGACCCGGGGUUGAGAUUAGGUGGAUGGGAACUAGAGCAAGUGUAAGGUCUUGGUUUUCUACAUGUAUCAAAUCAGUAGUCAUGUCAACUUUUGAGAGGCUUCAUUUUCGUUGUGCAUUAGCGACUCAACUUUAGCUUGAGUGUGGUCAGUCAGGUUUUUUAGCUCGAGGUUUAGUUUGGUGCAUCUCUCGGUCGAAGUGUUUGUCUUGUAGGUGGUUCUGUAACUUUUUGUUGACAGCAACACAAACAGGGGUGGUAUUAUAUUUAUCUCCAUACUAAAUACUACAUGCUAAAGAUGUUUGAAGAUGAGUUGUGAAUUUAUGAUCUAUUUUAUGUUUGUUUCAGUCCAA